AUGAAGUGCCUCAAGGAGAACCGCCAAUGCUGGAUCCACUCCAUGAUCUUCCUGCUCUGGCUCUCGGUCAUCCUCCUUAUCGUCGCCCUCUGCGGGAUGUCAGUUGUGCCGAGCACGGUGUGGGGCGCCUCGUGGGGGACAGACACCUACGUAGACAGUAACUACGUGGUGAUUUCUUUCCACGGCCUCUGCUCCAAGCCGAACCUCUUCGUGAGCGAGGACGAGGGUGUCGUGACGUCGAGCGACCUCGAGUGCAAAAAGUGGGAGGACCUGGACGAGUGCAAAGACGACUUCGUCUUUCCGACUGACAAUGGCACCCUGCCUGACGACGACUGGCCACGAUUGUCACGCUCCCACGGCCCUCCGACGAUUGUCACGCUCCCACGGCCUCCGGCGCAGGUCUGCCGAACCAACUCGCUCAAGCACUGGCUGGGCUUUUGCACAAUCGUCGCCUUCUUUGCCACCCUCGCAGCUGCUUGCUUCGUCACCGCGCGCCGGCUGGCUGACUCGCCAAAGAGGCAGAAGGGGGCGACGAUAUCGCUCUGCCUGGCGUGGCUCUUCCUCGUCAUUACCUUUGGCACCUUCUCGGCCAACUGCCUGCCACGCGGCAGCUAUUCUGUCUACGCCCGGAAGGAUAUCGACAUGGUGCCCGGACCAGGGAUGGACUGCUCUAUCUGUGUCUGGGUGUUCGUGAUGCUAAUCCUGCCAAUCAACUGCCUCGUCAAGCCCACCGACGCCCCGUCCAGCAGGGCCAACCCGUCGACCGCAGCCCAGUACAUGUCGCGCGAGGCACAGCCGACGGUCGUCGAUGGGCCGGCGGUGCAGGGCGGGGACCACGGUUUGCAGGUUUGA